AUGAUUAUUAAAGAUAGUGAACCAUAUUUAUAUAACCUUACAUUACGUAAACAAUCAAAUUAUACAUAUUCAUGUUCAGGAAGUUUUACAAUACCAAAUAGUAAUCAAUUAUGUUUAGCAACAGAAAAUUCAAUCGAAAUUUAUGAUUUAUCCCAAGGAAAUUUAAAUUAUCCAAUUGUUAAUAUUAAUAAAAUUGAUAGUACAAUAACUUCAAUUGGUACAAUUCCAAAUAAUACUAAAAAUAGUACUAAUAAUAUAUUACUAUUAUCAGACUCUGGGAAUGUUACCGUUUUACAAUAUGAUUCAAUUAGUAAUUCAUUAAAACCAAUAUCAAUUGAACCGUUAACUAGAUCUUCUAUUAGAAGAACUAGUCCAUUAUCUUUAAGUGCAAUAGAUCCAUUAGGUAGAUGUAUAUUUAUUUCAUCUUUAGAGAAAUUUGGUUAUAUGUAUACAAUUAAUAAAGAUCAAGAUAAUUUCUUAUCUUCACCUAUUGAAGUUAUUAGACCAAAUUCAAUUACAUUAGAUAUUGUCGCAUGUUCAAGUCAACUCUAUGAUAAUCCAACAUUUGCAACAUUAGAAUUUUCACCAAUACCAAAUUUAAUAUUUUAUUCGUUAGAUUUAAAUCUUAAUCAUAUUAUUAAAAGAAAAUCUUACCCAUUUAAUAAAAGAGAACCAAAUUUUUUAUUAGCUUUACCUGAUUUAUCAAAAUUUAAUAUUAUUGAAACUUUUGAUGAAUUUACAAAUCCUUUUGUAUUGAUUGGUUUUACAAAUCAUUUAAUUAUUAAAGAUUUAAAUGGAAUUUAUACUAUUGAAAUACCUUUACCACAUUCAAAUAAUGAUAAUAGUUCAAUAAAUAUUAUUGCAGCUGAUAUACAAAUUAUUAAGAAUAAAACUUUUUUCAUUUUAUUACAAACAAAUAAAGGUGAUUUAUUAAAAUUACAAUUUCAUAAAAAUUUAAAUGAUAAUAAUAAUAAUAACAAUAAAAAGGAAUCUUUAUCAUCAACACCAACAAACAUUUUACAAGUAUCAAUAUCAUAUUUUGAUACAAUUCCACUCGUAAAUUCUUUACACAUUUUUAGUAAUGGUUAUAUGUUUGCAAAUUCUGAAUUUAAUGACAAUUGGCUAUUUCAAUUUAAUUCAUUAGGUUCAGAAAAAUUUCAAUUAGAAAGAUCAUUCAAAAGACAUGAAUCCUUAAUUAAUUUAUCUCUUAUUGAUACUUUAAAGACUUUAAACCCAUUAAUUGACACUUCAUUAUUAUCAUCAUCAUCAACUGAUAUUUUAACAAGAUCAACUGAUUCUUCUCUGCGUGUUCUUUCAAGUUCAAUUAAUUUUAUUAAUCUUACAUCAUCAAAUUUACCCCCAAAUCCACAAAAUAUUUGGACUUUAAAAUAUGAUACAAUAAAGGAUAAUUAUCAUCAUUUAUUAGUAUUAGGAUUUGAAAAUACAACAACUUUCUUACAAAUUGAAAAUGAUUCAAUUAAAGAUUUAAAACUACCAAAUAAAGAUACUCUGUUAUUGAAAAAUGAUAAAACAAUUCAUAUGAAUUCUAUGUUAUCUAGUACUAUUAUUCAAGUUUGUAAUAAUAGAUGCAUUCAAAUAUCAACUAAAGAUAAUUAUAAACAAAAAUUAAAUUGGUUCCCACCUGCAGGUAUUACAAUUGUAGCAGCAGAUUCUACCCCAACUCAAUUGGUUCUUGCUUUAUCAAAUAAUGAUAUAGUUUAUUUAGAGAUUCACGAUAAUGGAACUUUAAUUGAAUCUACAAAAAGAUUAUCAAUCUCAACUAGAAUCAUUAGUCUAGCAAUGUAUUAUAAUCCUAAGAAACCUUUAGAACGUUGUAAAUUCUUAAUUGUUGCAACCGAUGAUAAAAUGAUUAAUGUUGUAUCCUUAAGUCAUGAAACCUCAACUAGUGGUGACGAUGAUGAAGAUGACAAUUUUUUGGAAAUUGUUUCUUUCCAAAAAUUAACAGAUAUUGCAAACACUAUCUUAUACACACCAGGUUUCAUUCAUGCAGGAUUAAAUAAUGGUGUCUAUACUAGAUCAAGAAUUAUGGACAUGGGAGGGAAACAAGCUUCCACUGGUGAAAUAACAGAUGUCUGGAAUAAAUAUUUAGGUGUCAAAAGAGUAACUUUAUCAGUAAUUAAGAGAACUGCAUUGUCAUUAACUGAUAGCGAUGAAGAAGAAGAAGAGGAAGAAGAGCAUGAGGAUGAGAGUGAGACAAAUGAUCAAGAAGAAGCUAAGAAUUCAAAUUCAAAUUCAAAUGAUGAAAAAGAUGAGGAAAAGGAACAUGAAUUAUCACCGUGUGUAUUAGCUACAUCUGACUCUACUUGGGCAAGCUAUCAACAUAAUAACAGUUUUUACAUGAGACCCGUUUCCUUCCCAAAGGAAAUUAAAUCUUUAUUUAAAAUUUCAGAGAUUACAACAGAAACUUUGAAAUUUAAUGGUUGUUGUGCUAUUUCUACAACAGGUAAAUUAAUUAUUGGACAAUUCAAAAAUUUUAUCUUUAAUGAUAAAUGGUUUAAUAUAGAAGAGAUACCUUUAUCACUAGAUAAUAAUGAGAAUGAACAAAAAGAUACUGAAUCCCAAGAAGAUGAUUCUGAGUCUGAUUCUGACGAUGAAGAAUCACAUGUUGAUAUUCAAAAAUAUAGAAACAAAUGCACUUUGCCAUUCAAUUCUUAUGUUAUAUUUAUUGAUAACUCAAUUGAUAACAAGGAACAAUGCAGAAUAUCUAUAACCGAUUCAGAUAAGAGGUUCUUAGAGUUUGUUGAAGAAGAUGGUACCAGACGAAACUUUCAAAUUCUUCCAAAUACAACCUGUGUAACUGCAAAUUUGAUUAAUUUCUCUAAAGGAAAUAAUAGUCACUUAAUUAUUUCAUCCCAAAAUAACAAACUAUUGACUUUGGAAAUUUUGAUUAAAAAAUCUUCCUUCAAAAUUCAAUUGUUACACGAAACCGACGUAGAAGAUCGAAUUAACACAAUUUGUGAAUUCAAAAAUAUGUUGCUAGUCCCAGUUCAUGCUAAAUUAGUAUCAUAUGCUUUAGGUAAAAAACAACUUUUAAAGAAAUCGAUCAGCAACACAACACCAUCGACAACGAGGAUUGUUAAGCUAGUUAACUGGGAGAAUAAAAGAAUAGCUGUAGCUGACAUACAUGAAUCGGUAACCAUCUAUCAAUUACAUGAAAACCAGUUUGUACCUUUAGUUAGUGAUAUAACAAAGAGACAUGUCACCACAAUUAAAUUUUUAGAUCCAUACUCAGUAAUUGGGGGUGAUAGAUUUGGAAAUAUUUGGAUGCUUAGAAUACCCGAAGAAGCACAGAAUGAUGAUACAGCUUCUAUACUCACAAACACUAAGGAUAAAAGAUUGAGUGGAAAUCUGAUGGAGACCCCAUAUAAGUUUCAGUUACUGAAUCAUUAUUAUGUUAAUGACAUCAUUUUAAAUAUUUUUGUUAUCACAAACAUCCAUCUCUCAGGAAGAGAUUGUAUUGUUUAUACAGGGUUACAAGGUACCAUCGGUAUACUUGUUCCCAUAAUUUCUAAAAAUGAAGUUGUAUUGUUAAAAAAAAUAGAAGAUAAUAUUGCAGAUUUAGAAAUGAACAUGACAAAUUUCAUGAAUUCGAAUGAAAAGGAUGAAAACUCUGCAGAGUUUAGUACAUUAAAUAAUGAAGACAUACAACUUCUAAAGGAGAGAAAAAAUAAAGAACAAAGUCUUGAAGGUCGCUAUUCACUGGUUGGAAGAGACCAUAGUACAUACAGGAGUUACUACACACCUGUUAGAAACAUCAUUGACGGAGAUCUUUGUGAAACAUACCAAAACUUACCAAUUUUGGAGCAGAAUGUUAUCUGCAAAAAGAUAUCCGAUGGUAACUUAACCCAUGAAGAUGUUACCAAGGCUAUAAAUGAGAUUAGAAUUAGCUACAUCUAA